GCUAUACACAGUCCUCUUGAAACAAAUUACUCUCUUGCACUCCGUGGAGUGGGGAGAAAAGUUCAGCACUACCCCGGGCCGGCAGGUCACCUUCGACCACAUAGAACUGGACAAUUCAGACCAUGCCGGUGCCAGUAGAUACAAUAAGCUGGCGACCUGUACAAAAUUGGAACAUCUUAUCUUAUCCUGCUAUCUCUGUGACAUCCUGGCUCGACUUGUCGUCUCGUAACCACGUUUAGUCGCACCGCCGCGUCCCCCAAAGGGCCUAAAUUCGACUGACGAAAUUGCACGGUGUGGCUGAAACCCGAGCAUUUGAUUGUGCAGCCCCCAGAGCUCCUCUAGUGACUCUCACUGCUGCGUCCCAAUGACGAGCCACUCCUCAUUGUGGACAAUGGGUUUUUUAUGGCUAAACUCCCUCUGGCUCUUGUGCCUAGUUACCGGAAUGCUGGUGCUCAUUAUAGAGCGGAUCCUAGCAUACCAGCGCUCGGUAGCGAUCGUCCGCGAGAUUCCAGGAGAACGGUAUCCCUUCUCCUCGAUGUCCAUUCCGGGUGCGAUGCUGCCCUCCAGCUGCUGGAACCCUGGCAGGCUCGUUCGCUGGAACAAGCGCCGUACUUUGUACGACAAGAAUCCGAACGCGGAAAUCGUCUCCGAACUCGGAUACAUCGGGGGGUAUCCGGUGCUCAUUUCCAAAUCUCCCGAGGUAGCUAAACAGCUACUCGGCUUCAAGACCGACUUCGAUAAGGAGGAAAUGAUCAUGAAUACUCUUGCGCCGUUUGGGCCAAAUGUUUUUGCCACCAACUUCCACGACUGGCCCAGGCACAGGAGAGUCGUACAACCCGGGUUCACGACGAGUUUGUAUCAUGCGGUCUGGACAGAGACUGUCAACACUUAUUACGACUGUAUGACCACGGAGAAGUGGGAAAAGGAAAAAUCAUUCAUUAUGCCCGAUGUUCCGGCGAUUACCUCCAAGCUUGCUCUUUUCCUUAUCGCCAAAUGCGGCUUUGGCAUUCAUCUCGCGUGGAACGAGCAGGUCGGCCAUAAGGUCAACGGCAUGAGCCUCCCGGAUUGUUUCAACACCACGAGCACUGCUGUGGUAUUGCUCGCUAUGCUGCCUCAAUGGCUCUUUGGUUUACCCCUCACGUCACUUCGCCGCCUGAAUACUGCUCGACAGUCUCUUGAGGUUAUCCUUCAGGACCUGAUUUACAAACGUCGGACAGAAGGUGUUGAAAACAUCGACGAGAACGCCAACAAGGACAUAUUUAGCCUCCUACUGAAGGCGAACGAUGACGAGAAGGGUAGUAGGGCGUAUCUCACCGACCGAGAACUGGUCAGCAACGUGUUCCUACUCCUACUUGCCGGUUAUGAAACAACCAGUCGAUCUCUGGCUGCCACCCUCGCUCUGUUGGCAUGUCACCCGGAGGAGCAAGAGAAGGCAUACCAACAAAUCAAAUCUGUAGUCGGGAGUGUCAGGGAUCCGCCAUAUGAAGAUUAUGAACGUCUUCCAUUGGUGCAAGGUUGUUUUUUGGAGGGGUUGAGGAUGUUCCCCAGCGCCCCAGGAAUGAUUCGCAUAGCAGUACGAGAUACGAUACUCUCUGUACCCACCUAUGAUGGAAAGACCAGAACCGUUCCCAUCAAAGCUGGACAAUUUAUCUGGUCUGACUGGAUCGGCAUCGGCUACAACGAGCGCGUAUACUCUUCGGCUUACACGUUCUUGCCUGCCCGCUGGCUUGACCCUGAGACAGAACCUUUGAUCAACUUCUCGUAUGGACCCCGAGUCUGUCUUGGCAAGAAGUUUGCUAUCACGGAGGCAGUUGGCGUACUAACGCUGUUGCUGCGUGACUAUCGCAUUGAGCUGGCUCUGAAACAGGGCCAGACCAGCAAGCAGUGGCGGGAGAAGUGGGAACGAGAGGGCCAAGAGUCCAAAAUUGGGUUUGGCCCGAAGCGGUUCCCUUUGAAGUUCACCAGAAGGGCUGCAAUAUGAUGAGUCGGCUCAUUUAUGGAUCGGUCUUUUAGACACAGGUGGUCAACACAAU